AUAGCGUCCCUUAACAUUAAUAGUCUGUUGUCUCAUAUUGACGAACUUAGAGUUCUUAUGUCUUCUUCAAAAGUUGAUAUUUUACAUAUCAACGAGUCAAAAUUAGACUCUACAGUAAGUGAUGACGAAGUUUACAUACCUGGCUUUGAAAUAGUCAGAAAAGAUCGUAAAAUUAACGGAGGGAAUGGAGGUGGAGUAUGUACAUACGUACGCACUAAUCUGAACUAUCGAAUACGUAAUGAUUUAAAUAAUGAUCUUUUAGAGAAUUUUUUCGUUGAAAUCAGUAAGCCACGAAGUACACCAUUUCUGGUCGGUACUUUGUAUCGACCCCCAAGUUCUCCACCCAAUCUAUUAAGCGAA